AUGGCGGGAACUCAGUCAGAAAGAAAAAAAGAGGAGCGCAAACGAAAAAAGAAAGAGUGUGAGCAACGGCGAAGAGAUAAAAUCAAGUCUGAUCCCGUAGCAUACGAAGCAGCUAAAGCAAAAGAAAGAGAAAGGUGGCAGAAAAGGAAGGUUGAACAAAAAGUCAAGACUAUUGAGAAUAUGACACCAAGAGAACAAAGAAAGCAACGAGCUAUUUGGAGAAAAGAGUACAGAGCUAAACAACAAGUAAAGAAAAGACAAGAAAGUGCAAUGAGAGUUGCAGCUGAAAAUUCACCUCCAACUACAGAUGACGAAUCUUUGCAAGGAAACGUUCAUAAUUUGGAUCAUUUGCUAGAGUGUCCAUCACAGAUUUCAGGCUGUUCAUCACCGGCAUCUUCAACUAGCACCCGUCAGAAAGUUGUUGGAGAAAGACUCAAAAAGCGUAACUAUAGUCUACUAAAGCGUGUUAUUGAAAACCAACAAAAAACCAUCAAAAAGUUACAGAUUAAACUUAAUACACUUAGGGUUCAGAAAUCUCGAAAUGCUGUAAGAAUUUCGCAAAGGGAUAAAGAAAUAUUACCAUGA